CGGGCAGGGUUUCCAGCCGGAGCGCUUAUGCGGAGCGCGGGGCAGGGGUUCGGGGGCCGCCAUGUCACGGUUGCACCGGAGCAGGAUCGCGGACUUCCAGGAGGUGCUGGGAGAACCCACGGUGGCGCUGGCCAAGCUCCGCGACCUGUGCUUCAGCGGGAUCCCCUUUGAUGGUGGGCUGCGCUGCCUGUGCUGGAAGAUACUCCUGAACUACCUCCCUUUAGAGAAAGCCUUAUGGAGCUCUUUGCUGAAGAAACAGAGGGAUCUGUAUUCCCAGUUCCUCAAGGAAAUGAUUAUCCAGCCUGGGAUUGCGAAAGCCAACCUGGGUGUUUCAAGGGAAGAUGUGACCUUAGAAGAUCAUCCCCUCAAUCCAAAUCCUGACAGCCGAUGGAAUACUUACUUCAAGGAUAACGAAGUGCUUCUCCAGAUAGAUAAAGAUGUCAGGAGGCUGUACCCUGACAUGGCAUUCUUCCAGCGCCCAACAGACUACCCCUGCCUUUUAAUCCUGGACCCCCAGAAUGAGUUUGAGACGCUGCGCAAGCGGGUGGAGCAGACAACGCUCAAGUCCCAGACAGUGGCACGGAACCGCAGCGGGGUCACAAAUGUGAGCUCCCCUCUUAAAACAACACCUAAUGCUCUGAGUGAGUAUGAAGUUCUGCCCAACGGCUGUGAAGCUCACUGGGAAGUGGUGGAGCGAAUCCUGUUCAUCUAUGCCAAGCUGAACCCUGGGAUAGCAUAUGUGCAAGGGAUGAAUGAAAUUGUGGGGCCUCUUUACUACACCUUUGCUACAGAUCCUAACAGUGAAUGGAAAGAACAUGCUGAAGCAGACACAUUUUUCUGCUUUACCAAUCUAAUGGCUGAAAUUCGGGACAACUUCAUUAAGAGCCUGGAUGAUUCUCAGUGUGGUAUUACCUACAAAAUGGAGAAGGUCUACUCCACCCUGAAGGAGAAAGAUGUGGAGCUGUAUUUGAAACUUCAAGAACAGAACAUCAAACCCCAGUUCUUUGCCUUCCGCUGGCUGACGCUGCUCUUGUCCCAAGAGUUCCUGCUGCCAGAUGUCAUCCGCAUCUGGGACUCCCUCUUUGCUGACGACAAGCGCUUCGAUUUUCUUCUGCUCGUCUGUUGUGCCAUGUUGACACUAAUCCGGGAUCAGUUGCUGGAAGGAGACUUCACUCUGAACAUGAGGCUGCUACAGGAUUAUCCUAUCUCUGACGUUCAUCUGAUUUUGAAGAAGGCAAAAGAACUUCAAGAUUCCAAAUAGUCCAUGAACCUAACAAAAGGUGUCAUAGAAACUGUGUGGCAGCAGAUCCCAGGAGAUGCCCCUCAUGCAGCAUGGAGCAUUAAAGCUCCUUGUGAUCUCUGCAGGACUUCAGGUUUCAUGUUUGGGCUACUGGCCAUCUUGAAGACUUCCUCCUACUCUAUUUAUUAAGUCAAGGACUGAUUGCUUCCCCAUCUGCUUGGGUCCUGCACUCCAGAUAUUUUUUCUGUGCUGCCAAAAGCAGUUCUUUGUAUCUUUUUAAUGACUUUCAAGUUUGAGGAGAAAGAAACCACCUGUCUGCAUAUCCCUGAAGGGAUGGACUCCUGUAUCACGGGAGUGACACAUGGAGUAACUCCUGAUUGGGAAGGGACAGGCAGGGUCCAGUGGAUUUUGGUGGGUGAGUGUAGAAGGAUCUUCCUCCUGUGAAUAGAAUGUACUCCAAUGAAGUCACACCUCCUGCCAUUCAAGUAGCUCCUGGAUUCUUCUCCCUCGUGUCUGUGCUUGGCCAUCCCUGGGGUGUGUAAAGAAGAUUACAUUGGGUUUUGGUGAUUGUCAUCUGGCAUCCUGCAGUUUGGACCCCUUUGCCUGGGAAAGGGACCUUGAUGAGCUAAGAUGGGAGGACAUGAUUACAGCUGGUGGCUUCAUGCACUGAAACUGCCUGAAUCCAGAAUCGCCUUAUCAACACAGUCUCCUUGACAGCCAGACUGUGGUGGCUUUAAUCGAUGAGUCAAGUGCAGUUUGAACUCGAGCCUUAUUAUGCACAGCCUUAGAGCAGGAGCGUGUUGCUGCAGGAAGGCCUCAUGCUGCUUUCCUGGCUCUGAACUGGAGCAUAUCCAGCUACAAUCCGGAUUCUGAAACACAAGAAACGGGCAUCUAGACAUGUGCAAUGAAGACAGAUGUAUAUAGAGGCUUAUACAGGCAUGGCACUGGGCUGUUCUGCCUCAGUGGCUUGCAUAAUAUUACCCUGCAAGAAGCUCUGGUCACAGGGACCUUGAUACUGUCUCACAGUACAUCUUGCCAGGAAGAGACAUGGUACAGGUCUGAGCUACAAGUAAGAUUGCUUUCCUGGUGUAAUCCAGUAGACAUACAGGCAUCACACUAAGUCCUGGUGGAGUCACAGUCCUGAGCUGAACACUGGACCCUCUUGAGAGAGGAAACUACUGCAUUUCCAGUACGGUGGAGCAGGUGAACAGCAACUGAAACAAACCAUGGAGAGAGCUGCUAACCUGUGGCAAUGUUGAGCUGAUCAGAAACUCUAAUCCUUGGAGGGAGAAACUGCCAGCACCCGGGUGCCUGGGUGGAGCAGAAGCUCUUGAGUGAACACUAAUCCAGCGUGCUUUCCCCUUCUGUUCCGUGCUGCCUCACCUCUGCAUAGCUGUUUGACACUGCAGGUUUUGGUAUUUAUGGGUACUGAUUUGUUAAAGGUCAGUCUUUGCAAGAUCUGCUUAAGCUGCUGAUGGCCUAGAAUUGCCUUAGCAGGAGGGAUGCUGUCAGCCUGCAGCUUUUAUACUGGUGUUAUUUCCUUCACUGAAGGCCAGUUCUUUACAGGCUCCUAUAAUUGUCACAAAGGUGUGUGGGGAGGCUGGGGGACAGGUUGAUGCAUGUACCUCUGUUCUUACUGGCAAUCUGUAAGCAAGCUCUGCCUCUUGAGGAGAUGCUAGAGUAACCCUGGGGCAGCCCAGUGUUGCUGCUGUGGUGGAGCAAAAGCAACUGAAGACUUAAAACAAUCUGUAAUUAAUACCUAUGGCUAACACUAUCCCUCUCUGCUGCACUCCUUUCUAGAGGGUAGAGUUUUCCUUCAAGAAAUAUGGAACCAAUAGGCCAGCACAGCUGUGUGAUGAAGCAUCCUGCCUGCUCUAACCACUGGAUGGAUCUUUCUGCCUUGUAUUGCUGAGCUAUUCCAGGGGGUCUCAUGGUCUCAGCUCAUAGGUACCCCACACUAGAGGGGCCAGCAGGCAGACCUCAUGUGGCCAAAGAGCUAGGUGACAGGCACAAAUGUAGAAUGAAAAGGUCAAGCUCUUAGGCAAAAUUUGACCCCCUCCAAACACUUCUGCCUCAGAACUGCUGUAAAUGCACUGUUGCUUUCUCCCAUUCUGUUUCUCACAUUGUGUUUUUGCACACACAAUCUCUGCUCUCACCUCCCCAAAUACCUGGCCUGUCUGUUUCAGGCCCCCCUGGCAAGUGCAGGGGUCCCUUACACUGUAUUUUCUCACUAACAGGAUCCUCCUUGAGGGUUCCUGCUCUGAACAACUAAAAGUCUCCUUAAAAUAACCUGAGAAGGCUGCAGGCAAAUCAGGAUUAAAGCAUUAUUGGGAGAUGAA